AUGCGCUUGAGAAUUGCUGCUGAAGUUGCCGGGGCUCUUUCUUAUAUGCAUUCUUCUGCAUCAAUACCGAUUUACAAUCAAGACAUCAAGUCGACCAGUAUAAUGUUGGACGAGAAGUACAAGGCAAAGAUAGCGGACUUUGGGAUUUCCAAAUUUGUUGCCAUAGACCAAACCCACGCGACGACGCAAGUGCAAGGAACCUUCGGGUACCUUGAUCCAAAAAACUUCCGAUCAUGUCAGUUUACCGACAAAAGUGAUGUUUACAGUUCUAGUGUCGUCCUUACGGAGCUCUUGACCAGUCAAAAGCCAAUCUCCAUGGUUAGGCCUGAAGAGUACAGAGGUUUGGCAACAUACUAUAUACUUUCCAUGGAGGAGUACCAUUUAGUUGAUAUUCUUGAAGGUAAGGAAGAAGAAAUCAUGGCAGUUGUUUUCCUUGCAAAGAGAUGGUUAGACCUCAAGGGGAAGAGACGACCAUCAAUGAAGGAAGCAGCUAUGGAGCUGGAGAGGAUAAGAAUGUUGCGAAAUCCUUCCUGUGGUGUACAAAACCACAGCGACAUAGACUUUUCAAGCAACAGCAUCGGCUGGGAUGAUGCUUGGACAUCCAUGAGGUCAGAUCUAGAUGUGGAUCUGAUAUCUUUUCCGGAUGUUCAUCCACUUCUAGAUAUUGAAUCUUGGUGA